AUGCGCCCUCUCGCUCUCCGGCCGCCAUCCUGGUUGCUGGUCUGCAUCUGGUGUGCUCUGGACGCGUGGCAGCCAGGCUUGCUGCGCGCGGGCGGCGGAGGCGGUCCGCCCGACGACUGGGACAGUCGGGCGGCCCUCGCUGCCCAGCGGGCUGCCGAGCGCGGGGCCCAGCUCGCCGCGGCGCACGCGGCCAACCUCAGCCAGUGCCACGCCGCGCUGGACGAGGUGCAGGUCGCGCUGGCCAACCUGUCCGCGGAGCUGGCCGAGCUCCGCGCCCUGCAGGCCGCGCCGGCCGAGCUGCCCGAGGAGCCCGACACGCUCCUGUGGCACGCGCUCGGAGUGGUGCUGACCGCGGCGCUGACGCACCUCUUCCUGAGCGACGGGACCGCCGCCCUGGCAGAGGAGUUCUUCAAUGAGCUGGUGCCAGGGCGGGUCGUGUGCUUCUACUAUGAGGAGGACAUGAUCGACCUCUUUCGGGACGCUCGCCUGGCCGCCCGCAACGCCGGCUUGCGCGAGUCCGAGCCGGCCGCCUUCAUGCGCGACGGCGGCCAGCCCACCAAGAGCAUGACGGUCAGCUUCAACGACGUGCCAGGCUUCUUGCGCCGCACGCGGGGCAAGGGCCCGUCCGCUGCCGUGCCGCGCGGCCCGCCUCGUGGCCCGCCUGUGGCCCCGCCCCCGCUGGACGCCGCGGGCGCUGAGCCAGGGGCGCUCGCCGACGGCGAGGUCGGGGGCGCUCCGACCCCGAGGGACGGCCCUGGCGCGGUGGUGCUCACUGACGAGCGGGCCGCGCCGCCUGGGUCUGCAUGGUUUGUGAUGAAGACGGUCCCGAACGAGUGCCAGCAGUUCGACGAGGUCGUCCCGAAGGCGGGUGACGUGGUCUGGGGCGAGAGCGGGCUCUACAGCACGGCGGGCGGUUUCGUCGUGCCGAUCGAGCUCCACCCUGCCCCGCUGCCUGUCGAGGUGUUGGACAAGGUAGCUGACGACGACGCCCGCCUCCUCGGCCCUCUCCAGCGCGCGCGGGAGGGCCGUAGGCACCGCGACUUUCGCGAGGCGGUGUCGUCCAUGAGGCAGGAGCAGCAUGACGACUUCCCGCUCGUCGGGGAGCGCAGUUUCAAGUGGCUGUGCGACUACAUCGUCGACCACGGCGGCACCCCCGACGGCCGCCGCACCAAGUGGAUGAUGGAGAGCGGCUGCACCAAGGAUUCGGCGGCCGCGCACAUCCACGACGUGCUCGGCUUCGCCAUCGAGAUGGCCGUCACCUACGACCAGGUCGACGGCUCCAACCUCGCCAGCAUGGAGGUGGUCUCGCGGGCCUACCAGCUGAUCGAGGAGACCAUGGGGAGCAUGAAGAUCGAGGGCGUCGAGCACUACAUCGGCCGCCAAAAGCAGAGCGCCCGCGGUGGCGUCGCGGUGGCGCCGGGGGUCGCCAAGUACGCCACCGACCAGCUCGCCAAGGAGACGGAGAUCCAGAAGCAGAGGCGCAAGGCGCGCGAGGAGAAAUCUGCCCAGUCGGGCAGGAAGGAAGCCUGCUCAGAGCUUUCGGGCCGCCCGUGUCUGCACUGCGACACGGCCAAUGACUCGCCGCUGAGGCCCUACGCUCCGCACCUCGUGAGCUGGCCCGAGUUGGGAAACGAGCCUCAGUGGCUCGCGGAUCGGCUGGGGACAAGCGAACGAUGCUCUCUCUUGGACCUCGACCAUGCUUUGCUGCUGCCGCCACCGAGCUUCGACGAGGCCGUGGAGACAGAGGGGAGGCCCACGUGGUACAUGGGCCCUGUGCUGGAGCGGAACAGGCCGCUCUACCUUGAAUUCAUCCAGUCUGGCAUCUCGCGGGGCGUCUUCGUCUUAGGGAAAGAGAGGGCCGAGGACGUCUCCGCCUUCUUCGUGGCUAAGAAGGACGAGCGGAUCAGGAUGGUGCUGGGCUGCAGGCGUAGCAACCAGCGGUUUCAGCCUCCUCCGUCGGUCAGCCUGUUCUCCGCCGCGGGGUUCGCGGACCUCGAGGUGCCGAAGGACACGCCCCUCUACUACGCGGGGGUGGACGUCCAGAACGCGUUCUACCAACACAAGCUGCCGGCCUACCUGCGGUCGUACUUCUGCUUGCCGAAGGUCACCGCGGGCGAGCUCGGCAUCGGCAGGCUUGACGGGCGGCGUGUCCCGCCCUGGGCCUGCCUUUGCCCACAACUUGCCGUUGUUCCCAUGGGGUGGAGCUGGGCACUCAUCUUCGUUCAGAAGGCUCACGAGCGGACGCUGGACCAGCACGACGCCCUGAGGCCCGAGCGGCGGGCGGUCGACUUCGUGCCGGUCCCCAGCCCGCUCGAGGAGCCCAUCCACUCGCUGUGCGUCGACAACGUGCUCGUGGCUGGCACCGACCGCGAGGCCGUGACCAAGGUCAGGCGCGAGGCCUCCAAGGCGCUGGAGGGCUCCGGCCUGGCCGUCCAUGACGAGACCGACGCCGCCGAGAGCAUGGCCAUGCUCGGCGGGCAGCUGCAGGGAUCGCCUGCCCGCGCCACCUUGGCGCCGCGGCGGUUCUGGAAGCUGUGCAUGGGGCUCGGCUACUUGGGGCAGCGCCGGCCCCGCGUCACCAGCCGCGACGUCGAGCACGUCAUCGGCCACUGCGCGUUCGCCGCGCUGAUCUUCCGCGGCUUGCUGGUCACGCUCGUCUCGGACCUCGACGCCGAGUGGUCCACCAAGGUCGUCAUGACUGACGCCUGCGAGACGGGCCACGCCUCUGUCGAGGGCGAGUGGGACCUUUCCGAGGUUCAGAGUGCUGGUCGCUGGCACGAGCGGUGGCGGUUCCGCCACACGCGUGAGGCGGACGGGGUUGGCGGCCGCGCGACCGCGCGGCACGUGCGGCCGAGCUGGUCGACCAUGCACUAUUCACCACUCUUCGGCAAGGAGCUCAUGCAUCGUAAGGAGGCAAGGGGUGACUUACACGCCGUGAAGCUGAUCCUGUCGGACGCGGACUCCUGGGGGAAGAG